GAGGCGGCGACAUGGGCUGAACGUGUCCCAGCGAGCUGCUUUCAGACGCUCGCCAUUCAACAAUGAAAAGCCGCGGACAGAGCUCGGAAACCGUGACACGUGGAUUUUUGUUCUGAACACAAGCAUCACUCGGACAUAGGGAGGACUAACCGGUCGUCUCGUGCCCUUGGAGCCGAUUCUUCCCGUGGGAUCUGAAAGUCUCCAGCAAUGCGUGCGCUAACGGGGUUGGUACAGACAUCCGGCAUCCACGCGCAACGGCAGCUCCACAUCACAGGCGCAGAGACGAGGCUAUGCGGUAAGAAGAUCCCCGCCAUGGCUACGUCUACGCUGCUGUGUCCUUGCGAGUCGUUCGUGAAGCUCAGGGCUACAUAGAGCGAUCCCGUUGAUACAGACAAUAUGGCUGAUCAGAGCAACAUCCAGUCGGCCGCCUCCAAGAGCAUCAGGCCGUUUAAGUCCAGCGAGGAGUACCUGUACGCCAUGAAGGAGGACCUCGCGGAGUGGCUCAACACGCUGUACGAGCUGGACGUGAGCGCGGACACCUUCAUGGAGGGCCUGGAGACGGGCUGCGCGCUCUGUCGGCACGCCAACAACGUCAACCGCGCCGCGCACGACUUCCAGCUGGAAUACCCGGAGGCUGCCCGCUCCAUGAAGCUGCCUUCCAAGGAUGUGGUGUUCCAGUCUAGAAACGUGAUUCCCGGAUCCUUUUUGGCGAGGGACAACGUGUCCAACUUCAUCAGCUGGUGCAGACAGGAGCUCUGGAUCAAGGACGUCCUCAUGUUUGAAACCAAUGACCUGGUGGAGAGGUGCAACGAGAAGAACUUCGUGUUGUGUCUGCUGGAGGUUGCUCGGAGAGGGUCCAAAUUCGGGAUGUUGGCGCCGAUGUUGAUCCAGCUGGAGGAGGAGAUUGAGGAGGAGAUCCGGGACCAGGAGAGUCUGAGGAUGGAGGCCGAAGAGCCUGCGGUGGAGAGCCCGAAGAGCAUGCCCCUGAGCCGGGUGGAGAGCAACCGGAGUACAGAGGAGCAGGCCGAGCCGGAGCCCUUCGUGUGGCCGCAGAAGAGAGUACUGUGUGACAUGAGAAACCUGGACGAACUGGUGCGUGAGAUCCUGGGCCGCUGCUCUUGUCCUGCUCAGUUCCCCAUGAUCAAAGUGUCCGAGGGCAAGUACAAGGUGGGCGACUCCAGCGCCCUCAUCUUCAUCAGGGUCCUGCGCACCCACGUGAUGGUGCGGGUGAGCGGGGGCUGGGACACUCUGGAGCACUACCUGGACAAACACGACCCGUGCCGCUGCGCUGCCUUUGCUCACCGGUACCACCAGGCCAAAGGCAGCGGCCAGGGUCAGGGGGCCCAGAGCAAGUCCUCCAGCACCCAGUCUUCUCGCUCCACCAGCCCAGGGCCCCACUGGAAGAACGAGCCAAUCAGCACCUGUAAAGCGGGCUCCUCCCCCGGCCGGCCCUCUGGCUCCUCCCCCUGCCGUUCGGGCUCCUCCCCCAGCCGCUCCUCUGAGGUAGACAGCCCCGCCCACAGCCUGCUGCCCCGCCCCCCUCGGGACCGCUCCGAACCCCGACACCUCAACCGCCUCAGGAACAGGGACAGCGCGCUACCGCUGACCAGGCGUCUCUCCGGGGACAGCGACUCGUCCACAGCGUCCUCAAAAGGGGGAGGGGCUCCGUACACUCGCCGCUCAGGGGAGGAGGUCAUCCUGAUGGUCAACCGCAAAGAGGGCAAACACAUCAUCGAAAGACCUGGAGUGACCAACACACCCAGGACCACGCGCCCCUCCCCCCGCACCCGCAGCCAGUCUAGAGAACCCAGCCUCAAACCCAGCCCCCCCACCACCACUGAGGACCAGCCAGAGAGGGGCCGCUCCCUGGGCACUGAUGGACCCCGCAGGUUCUACGUCCCUCGCUCACACAGCCAGGGCAAGCUCAUCAGUCGCACCCGCGCCAGUGAUGCCAGUCCCGGGCCGGCUUCUCGUGUCAGGGACCCUCAAAGAGAGGAGCUGAGGCCUAAGGGGACCCCCUCCUCCUCCCCCAGAACUGCCAAGAGACAACCACCAGGGAGCACCAGCUCACCACUGAAGGGUACAUCCACCAGCAGCUGUCCCAGUAAGAAGAUCAACACUCCCAGACCUCCAGCCUCUCGCUCCCCCUCCCUCGGGAGAGGACGCCUCCCCCCAGUGUCAGGGGGCCGGCGCUCUCCUCACGCCUCCCCUCACCACCACCAAACGGGCCGCCCGCCCCGGCAGUCCCACGGCCGAGGAGGACUGCAUCGGAACAGCUCAGCGGAGGAGGCCAGGGGACUGGCCUUCCACAUGCUGCCCCCGCUGGACCCUCAGAGAGAGCAGGACCUGUACCGCAGUCUGGAGGCGGAGUUCUUGGAAAACACUCGGCAGGUGAUGUCUGGAGCGGGAGGUGGGGCCCGAACCCACCUGGCACCCGCCUCUGAUGUCACAGAUUCCGCCUACUCCUCCUCUAACUCGUCCUCUUCCUCGCUGAAUGUUGGCACUAAGGCCGGAUCUCUUCCAGACCUAAAGGAGUCGAGGAGGACACACAGACCCCUCCCUGUGGACGACCCUUUGACGUUACUGUCGGGACAGAGCUCAGGGGUGGGCACAGGAGCGGGCAUAGGGCUGGGACAGGCAUUGCCCGAGCACUGGGCAGGUCGUGGGCUCAUGAAGCUGCCUGCCAUUUCCAGCUCCUCUGCAGACACCAACAAUCAUGUUCAGGACUCUGCACCUGCACAAGGCCAAGCACCUGUACAGGACCCAGCACCUGCCCAGAGCCUAAGGAGCCUGAACGGGACCCCGUGUAGGACCCUAAAUGGGGGCCGUGUGUCUGUGGGGGGGGUGGGGGGAGAUGUUCCAUCUGACUGUGCUCAUGAGAAGAAUGGCAGUGAGGACCUCCCGCCCCCCGAGGCCUGCCCCUCUCCCCUCUCCCUCCCCCUCUCAGAGGAGUACCCUGACUCCUCCAGUGAGAGCUCCUCCAUGUGCUUCAGUCUGAGCGAGUCCCCCCCUCCCACCCCCCACUCAGGCCUGGUCAACGGAGGGUCAGAGUCCUGUAGGAAAGACAUCCACAAGCACAAGCUGAGGGCCCGAGUGAGGCCCCGCACUGACCCCAGGCCUGCCCACAGCCCCUCUAGGAUCCCCACCCCUGUCAAGUACAGGUCCCCCUGUCACACACCUGUCACCUUUAGGUCCCCCUGUCAGACCCCCCCUUUGUCCCCCCAGGGCUCUGCAGGACGGGCGGCCUCCUGUAAGGGCCUGCACCAGGCCUUCCCUGGACAGUCGGGGAGUCUGGACACUGAGGCUUGGAUGUAG